AUGAAGAACAACAGCAAAGAGGAGAAUGUUGCGAUCACCAAAAUGCAGUCUCAAAUUAAUGGCAAAGAGAUUCUGAAAGCAAUACAAGUAGUAGAGAGAGAUUCCAUGGCAAUCGCCGAGAGCUUCACUUCUCUUUUUGCUUCUCUACGCUCUACUCUAUCUGAGGUUACGAGUACUUCUGUUGAUCACAUGGACUGCUUUGGCGAUGCCGCAGGACGAGUUCAAGAAUGUGCACUUGAUGCAGCAACUAAAGGAAACCGAUAUAUAAACUCUUGUCUGAAAUUGAAUGAGGAAAUGAAAGGAAUUGAUAGUCUUGCAACACAGCUGAAAAUCAUCCGGAGAAAUGUAGAUGCAUUGGACUCGGCAGUUAACAGGCUAGUUCGUUUUCCAUGA